AUGGCUCUUCUAUAUAACGAAGGAUGUAAAAAUUCUGAUGACGACUUUACCAAAUGUGACGUUUUUUUAUGUUUUAUAAAAAAGACUAAAUUCAGAACGCUAUAUUGUGAUCCUACAUUCAAAUCAGUUAUAAAAUAUAUUUCAGGUAACAUUUCAAAUGACCUUUCAAAAAAUAUUUUUACACAUGAGGUUACUGAACCACUUGAAAAUAGAGAUUCUAAAAUAACUAUUCUUUCCAAUGAUAAUAAAAAUGGUAUUGUGUUCCUAUUAGAAGUAUAUCCAUAUAAGCGUUUUUUAAUAUCUAAUACAUAUUUAUGUCGUAUACGUAAAAUAAAUCAAAAAUUAACAUUAUGUGAGUAUAUUCAAGAAAAAUAUUUUGAAAAAAGGCUUUCAUUUAGAUCCUUUGAUGUUAUUAAUAGAGAAGAUGAUAAUAAUCAUCAAUUUGGCUUAAAAGAUAUAACAAACCCUAGGCAUACAAUUAAUAAAUUAAAAUAUGAUGAUAUAUUUUUUAGUAAAGACAGCUGCCAUUUUACAACAGAAGGAUUUGAUAAAAUCCACGUUUGCAGAUAUUCUAUAUGCAAAAAGAACGAUCGAGGUCAUAUAGUUUGCAAAGAUGCCAAAUUUAAUGGAAAUUUAAUUAAUAUAAAAGAGUAUAUAAAUUAUGAAGAAAAUCAAAAAUAUAUAUAUCUCCCAAAUAAUUGUAUAGAAGAAAAUGGAAAUUUUCAUUGUACUCCAUAUUUGUGUAAAUAUGAAAAAAUGAAUGAAUUAUAUCCAUGUGAUAAGUUAGAAAUUAGUGCUGUAAAAGGUAUAAAUCCAUAUAUAGAAAGUUCAGAAAUGAGAUCCACAAACUCUAGAAUUAUACCGCAUGAAAACGACGUUAGACCAUCUACUAUUUUUGCAAUAUCUUUUUUUCCUUUCCUAAUUAUGCUUGUUUUUAUUUGGUGUUAUAUAUAUAAAAAACUAAGAAGAAAUAGAAGAAAAGGUAAGGUUGCUAGAUCUAAAGAACCAUAA